CCCGGUCUAAUGCAGCAUUAAAUAAUACCUGCUGUGGGUCUAUGAGAUUAAUUCGUGCGUUAGAUUAAACAGUACAUGCACUCAAUUCUGAUGACUUUGUAAAAGAAAAAAGAAAAAAAAAGAAAAUAUGAAAAUAAAUAAAUAGAUCGACAACAUAUACAGUAAGUAAGUGUAAGAGUGGAAUGUUUCUCUGCUCUGUUUCUACUCUAGUCCAGAUCCGCGCGCAUGCUCAGCUCCACGCCUGCUGUUCCAUGUGACUCUGCGCCUCGGUAAAAUGGCUGUGUCUCGCGGAGCCUCGUGCUGGUUAGAUCGGAUUCUCGCUCCUACUCUCCUUCUGUAAUAGAGGCACUGUGCACACAUUUCGUCUCAGUUCAAUUCAUUCCUGGGGUCCUCAUUUCUAUUAACCACCUAACUUUUUGCAAACUUAGAAACUGGACUGAAGACCGGGUCCGGUCUGGAGGUAGGGGUGGGGAGGAAUGAUCCGGGACACAGGUACAUUGUUAAAAUAAUUGUAUUUAUAUCCGGUGUCGCUCGGAGCUCGAUUGUCUCCUUUUUUAAAAGUGGAACAGCUCGAGAGAGAGAGAGAGAGGGAAAGAAAAAUAGAGGAGAGAGAGAGAGAGGGAAUAAUGGCCGCUGCGCUCAGCACGAGCCCAGCCGCCGAACUGAAGAAACCGGACCGAGACGCGCAGGAAGAUUUGAUACCGGGAGAGACGCAGCACGAAAACAAGGACAACGGAGGCUCUCCUGGACAGAAAGAGCUUCAGGACGGACAGGAGGUAGCUAAUGCACCGGGAGGAGGAAGAAGAGGAGGAGGAGGAGGAGGUGGUGGUGGUGGUGGAGGAGGAGGAGGAGGAGGAGGGGACCCUGACAUGAAAAACGGCAACGACAAUUCGUCCCGGAUGAACAACAGUAAUAACAACAACCAGAACGAUCUAGACGCUAACAGCCACCCGGGCAUUGCUCAUCACCACCAGAGCGUUUUCCCUCCACCUCCAUACGGCUACAACCGGGGCCCUUUUCAUCAACAUGGCGGACAACAAAGCCCUGGCAUGGCACCGGGCAGUAUAAUGGAGCCUUAUCCGACAAACUCGCACGAGCACGGCUUCCCCAACCAUUACAACAACAACUAUGGGUCAUUCCCAAACCGGACUCAAUAUCAGGGCCAAGGCUAUGGCGUGAAUUCCCCGCGCACGAGCCAGCCAGGCAAGCAGCAGCAGUCAGGAGGAACUCUUAUGGCGGGUUCGUAUAAUAAUCAGAGGUAUAACAUGAGCAACCCUCAACCAACCCCGACCCCAACUUUAAACCAGCUCCUGACCUCACCCUCCGCCACCAGAGGCUACCAGAAUUACCCUCAGAAUGACUAUAACAGUCAGGACGGGACGAGCAAGGGAGCAGGGGACAUGAGCAGCACUAAUCACUAUGGAGGGGGUCAUCCGCCCUGGCAACAAAGAGGCCAUCACGCGCCCCCCAUGAGCCCGGGGAACACCGCUCACGCGCUCAACAGGAACCAGACCCAAAGCCCGAUGGAGCAGGUGGGGAAGAUCAGGGGUCAGCAUUACGGAGCAGGAAACCCCUACACUCAGCAGCAGCAGCAACAGCAACAGCAGGGGCCUCCGCCAGGGGCCCAGCAAGGGCCUCCCUACCCCGCGCAGGGCUACGGCUCACCGGGACCACAAAGAUACCCAAUGAGCAUGCAGGGCCGCACCGCUGGGGCUAUGGGAGGCAUGCAGUAUGGACAGCAGAUGAGUUACAGUCAGCAAGGCCCAGGAGCUUAUGGCCAGAGCCAAGGAGGCUACUAUGCUCAGCAGAACCCUCUUGCUCCUCAUGGAGGCCUUCAGCAGGGUUCCUACCCUCAGCAGCAUUCCAGUGGUCCAGGCUCCCAGCAUCCCUACACCCAAUCUCCAUCAGGUCCUGCUCUGCCUCAAGGGGGACCUCCGUACUCACAGCAACCCCAGGGUCAGUCUUCGUACCCCCAGCCUCCACAUUCCCAGGCUGGCCAGCCUCCUUAUCCUCAGUCGCAGGGUACACCUCAGUCAGCUCAGGGCCCUCAGCAGCAACCCGGAUUCCCUCAAGCACCGCCUGGUUCCGGGCAGCAGCCACCACCACCACCUCCAGCUUCUACUCAGCAGCAGCAGCAGGGCACGACACCGCAGCAGCAGCAGCAGCCUGGUGUAGGACCUCCUCAGCAAUCCCAGCAGCCCAUGGGUCACGGUCCUCCUCCACAGGGGCAUCAGCCCUCACCCUACUCCCAAACCCCACCCACGCAGCCUCAGCAGCAGACGCCCUUCCAGCGCUUCCCUCCUCCACCGCAGGAGCUGGCUCAAGACUCCUUCAGUUCCCAUGCUUCUGGUCCUACCUCCAGCCAGCCCCUGGGCUCCAGUAAGAGUGCUCCAGAGGACAGCAUGCAGGGCUGCCCUUCCAGUCUGCCCGACCUGGGCUCCAUCGAUGACCUGCCCACCGGGACAGAGGGUGCACUGAGUCCAGGGGUCAGCACGUCUGGCGUGUCCAGCAGUCAGGGCGAGCAGAGCAACCCAGCUCAGUCACCGUUCUCUCCACACACCUCGCCUCACGUACCGGGUAUCCGUGGGCCUUCACCAUCCCCCGUGGGCUCGCCGGCCAGUGCCACGCCUUCUCGCACCGGACCUCUUUCACCUGCUGGAAGUCAGAUGCCUCCCAGACCUUCCAGCGUCCAGUCAGAUGGAAUCUUACAUUCUUCCAUAAACCAGUCCGCUGUGGGCCAGGAGAGAGUCUACAUGAGGAACACACAGAUUCCUCCUUACGGCUCUCCUCAGCCUGCCUCCGCCUUAUCCCCACGCCCACAGUCUGGAGGCCAGGUGCAUGCUGGGAUGGGUCAUUAUCCUCAGAACAACUCCAUGGGCAAUUACGGGCCCCAAGGAGGGCAGUAUGUUCCUCAAGGCUACCCGAGGCAGCCCGGGUACAGCGGCAUGCCCGGACCUAAUUAUCCCAGCGGCCCGAGCAUGGGCACCCCGAUGAAUCCCAUGUCGGGGCAGGGAGGAGGGGGUGCGUAUAGCGGAAUGCCUCCUGGCCGCAUGGGUCCAGGGCAGAUGGGCUCGAGGCCGUACGGUCCCGGUCCUGGCAUGAGCCCCAACAUGGCUGGCAUACCACCUCAGGUGGCCUCGGGCAUGUGUCCUCCACCGGGCAUGAACAGAAAACCCCAAGAUCCGAGCACAGCAGGCAUGCACCACGCUCCUGCUAACUCCAUACACAGACCUCCUGGUUAUCCGGGUAUGAAUCAGGGGAUAAUGGGAGCCGGGUCUCCGUACGCACCACCUAUGAACAGCAUGCACGGGAUGAUGAACCAGGCAGGACCGUACACCAUGGGAGGCAACGUGGCCAACAACUCGGCAGGCAUGACCCCCAGCCCGGAGUUCGGCAUGGAUAAGCUUAACCAAAACCAGAAGAUGAAUAAUAAAGCUGAUGGAACUCCUAAGACUGAAUCAAAAAAGAAGUCAAACUCUUCCACCACCACAAAUGAGAAGAUAACUCGGCUUUAUGAACUGGGAACUGAGCCAGAGAGGAAGAUGUGGGUGGACCGAUACCUGGCCUUCGCUGAGGAGAAAGCCAUGGGCAUGACCAACCUGCCGGCGGUGGGCCGAAAGCCUCUCGACCUCUUCCGCCUUUAUGUAUCUGUUAAAGAGAUCGGUGGCCUUACACAGGUGAAUAAGAAUAAAAAGUGGAGGGAGCUGGCGACGAACCUGAAUGUUGGGACCUCUAGUAGUGCCGCUAGCUCCCUAAAGAAGCAGUACAUUCAGUGUCUGUAUGCCUUUGAGUGCAAGAUCGAGCGUGGUGAGGACCCACCUCCAGACAUUUUUAACAACGACCCCAAAAAGAAUCAGGCGAAGGUACAGCCACCCUCUCCAGCGGGAUCUGGAUCAUUACAGGGUCCUCAGACUCCACAGUCGACUAGCAGCUCCAUGGCUGAAGGAAACGAUCUGAAACCCCCUACCCCUGCGUCAACACCCCACAGCCAAAUGCCUCCUAUGCCCGGUGUGCGGAGCAAUGUGAAUGUUCAAGACCCGUUUGCUGAUGGUGGAGAUCCUGCUUUUGCUAGACGGAGCUCGCUGACGCCUAACUCCAACUUCCAGCCCGGAAUGGGAGGCCCACCUGAUAUAAUGGGUCGUUUAGGACCAGGAGGACCAGGACCAGGACCGUACGAGCCUAAUAAGGACCCUUUUGGUGGUAUGAGGAAAGCCGGUGAGCAGUUCAUGAAUCCGGGACAAGGCCCCAGCAGUGGAAUGAGUGAACAGUAUAACAGAGGCCCUCCAGGACCUAUUGGUAACGUGCAGUUAGGUCACAGACAACAGUAUGGACCAUACGGACCAGGAUAUGAACGAAGACAAGAGCCAGGCAUGAGUCCAGAUGGCAGUAUAGGUCCUGGAGCCCCACAGCCAAACCCCAUGCCCUCUGGUGCUGACACAGGGAUGUACUCGCCUAAUCCACAACAGCAAAGGCAUGAUUCCUUUGUGAAUCAGUACACUGGCCAGAGUGCACCCACUGGUGGACAGUACCCAAACCAACAGCCUGGAAUCUACCCACAGCAGCCGAAUUACACACAGAAGAGGCCUGGAGAUGGUGGUUAUGGUCCCCCAGCAAAGCGUCAUGAGGGGGAAAUGUAUCCAUUCAGUGGCCAGCAGCAACAGGGCCCUCAACCCUCUGGUGCACCCCAACAGGACAUGUACAACCAGUAUAAUGCCUUCCCUGGCUCAGAUCGACGUCCUCCUGGUCCACAGAGUCAGUUCCCUUUCGGUUUUGGACGGGACAGAGGGCCUAAUGCUGGCAGCUCUAACUCUCAGUCCUCCAUGCCACCCCAGAUGAUGGGCAGUCCCUUGUCAUCUGUCCCUGAUGGGCCCCAAGGUCCCGUGUGGCAAGGCCGAAAUGACAUUAACUAUUCCAACUAUCCCGGUCGUCAGGGACCUCCUGGAGUUUCCACUCAAGGUCCAGGGUACCACGCCAUUAACCGUUCUGAAGACCUAUUACCUUCAGACCAGAGAAUGAAUCAUGAAGGUCCAUGGCCUGGUCAUGUCAACCAAAGGCAGCCUCCUUAUGGACCUGGUGGUUCUGGCCCACCAAUGUCUAGAACACUGCAGUCCAAUUUUCAGUCCUCUCAAAAUCACAUUCCACAGGUAUCAAGUCCAGCACCCAUGCCAAGUACCAUAGAGAACAGUACAUCUCCCAGCAAAACUCCAUAUAUGCAUACUGGGAUAAAGAUUCAGAAACCUGGACCUCUAGCCCCGGCUUCACACAUAGCUCAGCCACCGGUACAGCAUCCCAUGGUAAGGAGAGACGUAGCCUUUCCUCCAGGGUCUGUGGAGGCGACCCCGCCCCUUCUCAAAACACGCCGCCGACUUACGACGAAAGAUAUCGGAACACCAGAAGCCUGGAGAGUCAUGAUGUCCCUGAAAUCAGGAUUGCUGGCAGAGAGCACUUGGGCCUUAGACACCAUCAGUAUUCUUCUCUAUGAUGAUAAUAGCAUUUCAACCUUCAGUCUGUGUCAGCUUCCUGGCUUCCUUGAACUGAUAGUAGAGUAUUUCCGUAGAUGCCUCAUUGAAAUCUUUGGUAUCUUGAAAGAAUAUGAGGUUGGAGAUCCUGGGCAGCGAACACUGAUUGACCCAGAUGCUGCAGACACUGAUGUCUCUGAUGAAGAAGGCCCAGAAGUAGGGCAGAUGGAUGAAGAAGAGGACAGUGAGGAGAAGAUUAGCCAACACGCAUCACAAAUUCAAGUCAAGCAUGAGAAUGAAGAGCCUAUGCAUGACCGGAAUUACAUGGAUGAAGAAGAAAAGGAAGGAGGAAUUUCUUCAUCUAAAGAGCAGGAAUUAUCUAUGCCCUUCCAAGACAGUAAUGGAGUACAGGAAAAGCUGAAACAGGCUAGCAAAUUUGACAAGCUUCCCAUUAAGGUAGUGUGGAAGAAAGACCCGUUCGUCAUUGGUCGCACCGGCAAGUUGGGUCAGCGACAGAGUUUUGACAGUGGUCUGAUUCAUUGGAGUGUCGGUGGAGGCGACACCACGGAACACAUCCAAACUCACUUUGAGAGCAAGAUGGAGCUGCUCAAACCUCAUAAACGCGUGCCUGUGAAAAAAGAGGCACGUCCAGUCACGGACCUGGUUACUGAGAACGGAAGUAAGAGUGAGAGAAGCAUACAACACCAGCAGAACGGGCAGCAACUGGAGUCUCAGCCUUCCUCAAACAAACAAGAGGAGGAUGGGGAGAACACCUCAGCUAUAGCCAGUGCACCUGACUGCAUUAUGACCACUGUUGAUGAUGUGUUGUCUGGCUGGUCAGCAUCAGCAGCUGAAGAACCUGUGCAGAAUGGCACAGCAAAUGGGGAGGAUAAGAACCUGUCUGGACAGGAUAAGAAGUUCUUGUCUGACCGAUCCCAGCAGAUCAGCAGCAUUAAGAUCCUUGAGGACGAGCCGUACAGCAAGGAUGAAUCCCCAUUGUGCACUUUGUCAGACUGGCAGGACUCGCUAGCCCGCCGCUGCAUAUGCGUCUCUAACAUUGUCCGCAGCCUGUCCUUCGUCCCUGGCAAUGACAGCGAAAUGUCCAAACAUCCAGGUCUGCUACUUAUACUGGGCCGUGUGGUACUCCUGCACCACCGGCAUCCCGAGCGCAAGGAGGCCCCGGUCACCUAUGAGAAAGAGGAUGAGGAGGAUGAAGGAGUCAGCUGUGAGCAAGAUGAAUGGUGGUGGGACUGUCUGGAGGUUCUGCGAGAAAACUGUCUGGUCACGUUGGCGAACAUCUCCGGCCAGUUGGACCUUUCCAUGUAUCCUGAGAGUAUCUGCCUGCCCCUGCUCGAUGGUCUUCUCCACUGGGCUGUCUGCCCGUCAGCAGAAGCCAUUGACCCCUUCCCUACGUUGGGGAUUAAUGGAGCGGUUUCCCCUCAGACAGUGGUUCUUGAGACCCUUAGCAAGCUCAGCAUCCAGGACAAUAAUGUUGACCUCAUUUUGGCCACGCCACCCUUCAGUCGCCUGGAGAAAUUCUACAGUUCGCUGGUACGCUUAAUUGGUGACCGUAAGGUACCCGUGUGCCGGGAAAUGGCUGUGGUGCUGCUGGCCAACCUGGCCCAGGGUGAUAGCCUGGCAGCUCGGGCCAUUGCAGUGCAGAAAGGCAGUAUAGGGAACCUCCUGGGGUUUCUGGAGGACAGUCUAGCUGCCACACAGUUCCACCAGAGCCAGGCUUCACUGCUGCAUAUGCAGGGGUCCCACUUUGAACCCAGUAGCGUGGACAUGAUGCGGCGGGCAGCCCGUGCCCUGCAUGCCCUCGCCAAAGUAGAAGAGAACCACUCCGAGUUCAUGUUGUACGAGUCGCGGCUACUGGACGUCUCCGUAUCCCCGCUCCUGAACUCGGGAGUGUGCCACGUCAUCUGUGAUGUACUGUUUCUGAUCGGCCAGUCAUGACAGCUGUGGGGCUGACCUUUGACCGCUUUUAAACCCCUUUCAGAUCUGUGUGAAUGGAAUGAAAUGUAACAGCGAAAACUGACUGUCCUUUUUUUAAUUUAUGCAAAAAAAAUCACCUCAAAUUCCACUGAUCGCUCUUUCUACCGUGCUUCUUUCUAAAGGAAGGAUUUCACAAAGUGGAUUUAAACUCGAAUAAAAUGAAGAGAAAACUAAUGUGGAUCCAUGACCUAUGACCUUGGGAGAGUGUGCUGCCAGGAUGAUUUUUGUUUUGUUUUGUUUUUUUAAAUUAAAAUGGAAAAAGUAGAUUUAAAAAAAAACAAACUUAAACUAACCAAAGUUGCUGUCACAUUUACAGUGAGUUUGGGGUAUAAGGGUGUCCAGUGGUCUUUUUGGUGUACUGGGCAGGCAGACACUAUUGUUUAGUUCUUGUUUGGAGGCUAUACAGUUUUAGACUCUUGUUUGUGUUCUAAUUUGUAACUCGGACGAUAUAUAUACACUGAGCCCAGGGACCAGGUCAUUGGCUGUGAACAGACAUCUGUAAAUGGAAGGCCUGUACAGUAGAUUGUAUGACUUUUUUUUUUUUGUACUGUACACCUUAAAGUGACGAGCUGUAAACAUACUGUAAUAAUAAUAAUAAUAAUAAUAAUACUGUUUCACACUGAGAUAACGCUGACUUGGCAGCAAAAACUGUAGUUUUUAAAAUGAUUUUCGUUCUUAUUUAGAGAAAGUGGGGAGGAAAAAACAAAAAGACAUUCUUCCCCCCAAAAGUAUCGUGUACAACACCCCGACCUCUUUGUCCCUUGAUUGUAUGACUUGACCCUCAAAGAAAUCACCUCUUAGGACUGGUCUUGAGCUUCAGAUGCAGUCCAGGCUGCAAUGUAAAUAAUGAUGUACAAUACACUUUGCUCUUUCUCUCUCUCUCUCUCUCUCUCUCUCUCACCCUUAUUGCGCUCUUCACCAUUUUUAAUCUUUGAUUAAUUAAAGGUUACACUCAAGAUCUCUUCA